CAGUAGCCAGGCCAAAGGGCUAGGUAAUAAGAAGAGAGGCGCGACUAUGCGCGCGAUAGGGAGAGGGAAGGAUGAGAGAGCUCUCUUUGCCUACAUUCGCUCUACAUUUUCGCUCCAUCCUCUUCAGGCGUGCGGGCUCCAUCCCUCAUCUUUUUCAGCCCUUUGCGCUCGUGAAACGCAGGCUAGGCCGAGAGGAGAGUGAAUGAAUAACGUGACUAUCUGGUCUUCCUGUGUUACUCGUUACCAGUCUCUUUCUCAAGCCUAGAGUACUCACGAGUACUCCACUACACUCGAGUACGAGUGAUAGUAUCAUCUCUACUUAUAUAAAUUCACCAUUCGCAUUCGAUUAACAAUUCUCCUAUGCAAAAGCAUCCAGAUGAGUAAUCUCGUAAAAAUAUUCGUAUAUGGCACAUUGAAACAGGGGUUUCCCAAUCAUCACUUAUUGAGCAACCCUCUUAGUGGAACAACAAAGCUUCUAUGCAGCGCCAGAACUGAGAAUUGCUAUCCAUUGGUCGUUGCCUCAGACGCGGCCAUUCCAUUCAUGAUGGAUAUACCAGGAAAGGGUCAGCGUGUCAAAGGUGAAGUGUAUGAGGUAUGUCCACAAGCUCUUGUCCAUUUGGACAAGUUGGAGGAUCAUCCUAGGUGGUACAGACGACAGCCCUGCCAGGUAGUCACAGAGGACUCAGAGCCUGAGCUGAUGUCCUGUGAAGCAUAUUUCUUGAUGAAUCCUAAAGACAGUUUAUUACAAAAGACCUUUCUAGAGGAGUAUUCAUUAGAUUGUACUAAAGAAUAUGUCAGAGUGGAGGGCAGAACAUACAUAGAUUUGAGAUCACAGACUCAGUCUUUACAGAUGUAAAGCAGGGAAUGUUCCAUAAUAUUAGAAAUGAUUAAUAAAAUCUUGAAGGAAUGCUAUUAUUACCUUUUUUGUUAGCAAAUGUACUAUUACAUUUGUGAUUAAUGCUGCAUAAUGAGGAAAAUUAUUCAUGGUUUGCCACACAGAAAAGGAAAAAAGCAAAGAAAAAAUAUUCUAAAAAGUUACUUUCUUUUAUUAAGCCUCAGUUCUCUAAAUUUUGUAGGUAAAAAUAUAAAAUAUCAAUGUGCAUAAAUUGAUAUUUGUCCAUAUAAAUGCACACAUUUGGCACCUGUUUAACUAUAUGUAAUUAGUUUACCAAAUAAUAAUGGCUUAUGCCCAUUGAUUAUAUAGAAAUGUACAAUAUAAGUGUUAACUUACUAAUAUCAUAAUAAUACCACUCUUUGUACCUUGUAAAAAUAGUCAAUAUAAAACAACACUCUGCAAGUCAAGUAAAUUGUUUAGCCAAAUAAGUUAUUAAAAAGUGUUUGAUUUACUGUA